UCACGUAUUUUUAUUGGUAGGAUCGUCAACUUUAUGUGUCGAGAACGUUCAAUUCAAUUACAUAAGAAUGAGAAGAGACACUUUUAUAUGAGGUGCAAGGAUUUUUGUCAGGUACAAAUGUUAAUAUGUUAUUAAUGUAACAUCGUUUAUCAACUGAUAAAGACAAUGUUUCCCGACAGAAUAAUUUGGAUACCGUUAUGGCGGCGAGAGAAAGUGACCAAUCAGCAAGAACCUUAGUAAAUGAAUGUUGACGACGGCAUUACCUCUUCUUAUUCCAGUUUAGCGUGAGUCGAGUUCCAUAGAGCUUUGCUGAAUUUGUAGUUUAUGCUCUUGGUAAGAUAUUUUAAUGAUUAAUAUAUAUUCAUUUGAAAUUUUCUUUUAGUUUAACAUCUGAGCAAUUACUGAUUAAAUUCAUAUAAUUGAACUUGUUAAUGUUUUAUCGUCGUUGUCAGCAAUUUAGUCACGUGAUCAAGCAUGGCGAAAAUGGCGGCUUCUGAAGUUUUUCAAGAUGGAUAGUUUUAGAGCAAAUCAGGUGUCAGAAGUAAACAUCACGUAACAUCGUGUAGAUUAAAGUAAUUAGAUUUUACUUUGUAAGCUUUUAAACUACUAAGAAUGUCUGGAAGAGGAAGAAGAGGACGUGGGAGACCACCCAAAAGUGUUAGUCUUUCAAGACGAACGCAGAAAAAGCCAAGAUAUUUAUAUGCAGGGUCAGGCGGUCCAAAUUCGCGCCUUUCAAUUUCAGACCGAACCGAUGAAAACAGUUCGUCUGGAGCCCACGUGCGUUAUAAAAGUCGUUUACGUGAAAAAGCUCUGAAAGAAGUCAUAACUUUUUUGAAGACUGUAAUGGAUGAUGAUUAUGAUGGUGACUCAGAUUUUGGUAUGUUGUCUAGUGAAAGUGAAUAUGAAAAAGAUGAAAUAGAAGCUGUUGAAUCAGAUGAAUCAUAUGAAUCUGACAAUCAAAGUGUACUCUCACAAAGUAGUUUUAGUACAAUUUCUAGUACACCAGUUAAACGAAAGUGGGUACGCAGACCUCGAAGUCCAGUUUUUCUUCAAGAACGUGAAAAGCCACCUCUGGAACUUCCAAAAUCAUCCGAAGAUCUGUUACUUCCAAAUGAACAUUUGAUGUCAGGUUUGGGAGUGUAUGAGGUUUUACGACAUUUUAGGAAUAUCUUACGGCUUACUGGUUUUCGAUUUGAAGACUUUUGUGCAGCUUUAAUGUCAGAUGAACAAAGUGCACUAAUAUCAGACAUUCACAUCAUGCUUUUGAAGGCAAUUUUACGUGAAGAAGAAGCCACAAGCACAAUGUUUGGUCCUCAGGACCAACGUGAUAGUAUGAACAUUCAUUUCUAUAUAAUUGAUGGUAUGACAUGGCCAGAGGUUCUUCGAAUGUAUCUCCAAAGUGAUGAAGAGUAUAGAUAUGUGCUUGAUAUCUUUCAAAAUUGUGAAUACCCUUUCACCAAUGUUUCUAACAAACUUAGAGUGCUGCAAUUUUUGUGUGACCAGUUUCUUACAACAUAUCAAGCAAAAGAAGAAAUUACAAGCGAAGGAUUGAUUAGACAUGAUGAUCACUGUAGAGUCUGUCAUAAACUUGGUGAUCUCUUGUGUUGUGAGAACUGCCCUGCUGUAUAUCAUCUUGCCUGUAUUGACCCCCCAUUAGAAGAAGUUCCAUCUGAAGAUUGGGUGUGUGACAUUUGCAAAAGCAAUGAGGUUUCUGGUGUUACAGAUUGCAUCACUGAUUAUGAAAGGAGUGGCCUUUUAAGUCGGCAGGACUCACUUGGCUGGGAUAGAGAAGGAAGAAAGUACUGGUUUCUGUGUAGAAGAAUUUUUGUUGAAGGAAAUGGGGAAGUUUUUUACUAUUCAACAAAACCUCAAAUUGAAGAACUUCUUAAUGUUCUCGAUCCCAAUGACUUUGAAGCUGACCUGUGUCGAACCAUUAAGGAUUUACAAGAAGAAAUGAUAAGACAAAUGGACGUGACAGAAAAACUUACAAAUGCAGCAAAAGGAAGCAGAAAGUCUUACUUUGAUGUAGAAAAUGCUGCUCUUAUCAAACAUCAAGAGGAAAGAGCUCUGCAAAAAAUUCAAGAUGAGGAAAAAAGGUUACAAACUGAUGAAAAUAAAUUUUUGGAAAAUCAAACUACUGAAGGACAAAAUAUUGAAACAUCUAAUUUCACUACUACUGUCUCAACAACAACUGCUACAGUAGUUAGUACAAGUGAAAAAGUUGAAACCCAAGAAUUAUCAAAUAGUUCAAAAGAAAACGUUGACCAGACGGAUACAGUGACCACCAUCAUGACUAAAACUACUACUACCACUACCACAACUAAUAUUGAAACAAAUUUAAAUGCUGAAACAGAAAUCAAGAAUGAUGAACAAGAAGAAGACCUUGAAAAAGAGAGUGACAAGAAAAAAGAAAAUGGUAGUGGUGACCUUUUAAUUCGAUUAACAAAAGUAAAGGAAGAUUCUGAUAAACAAGAUACAGUGGAGAUUGCAGAUGAAAGUCAGUCGGAGGUUGAUAAAAAAAAAUCUGAAAACAUGAGUGACAGAGGAGAUGGAAAUGGAGAUGGGAAUUCUCCAAGGCCUGGAUACAUUACACGAUCUAAGACUGGAUCAUUGACACCUCGGGUGUUUAAUCUUGAAUACUCUACCAACCGCAAUCGCAAAGGUGAAGAAGGUGACUCUGUGCUUGUUAUUGGUAAAGAUGGACAGGUGAAUAGAAUGACUCGAGCAAAAUCCAGUGCCUCUUCAACAACAGGAUCUGUAUUGUUUAAGUUGGGAAUGGAGGAUAAUUAUAAAAAAUACACAAAUGAGUACACCACUAACCCUCUCGCUCUCAAUAAACAUCAGCAUGCUGAAGAUCGAGAUAAAAAACGGCAUCUUUCUCACAAGUUCAGUUUGACAACACUUAGUGAAUUUAAGUGGAAUGGCUCAAUCUAUGGUAGUCGAAGUUUGACAGUCUCUACAUUACGAGCGACAAUUUUACAACUGGAAAAUAGCAUUCACAGCUGUUUCUUUCAUCCUAAUUGGCCAAUUCAUCGUAACAAUUGGAUCAAAGCAGUGAAUGCCUGUAGCUCCCCUUCAACCUUUUCUCUUGCUUUGAGCAUCUUGGAAAUGGCCAUGAAACCUGUUUUGUUCAACCCUGCAUGGAAUGAAUCACUAGGUCAUACUCGUUUACAAAGAACAACUAUGUCCAAUAGGGAAGACCGUAAAAAGCAGGAAAAACGAGAAAAACGAGAAAUGUUGGAAGAAGAAAAUGAACGUGUUAUGUUCAUUAAAUAUACUUUAGGUUUAAAGCAUCAGGUGUGGAAGCAAAAAGGGGAAGAGUACCGAAUCAAUGGUCAAGGUGGUUGGAUGUGGAUCAGCAGCACUCGUAUGGCACGCCAUUUGUCCUCCUGCAACCUGGGUCUUCGAGGAGGACCAGCUAAAGUGGUAUUAGCACUAAGAGGAGGUCAAAGUGGAGCAAAAAUAAUUGAUGCAUGGGGAGGCUCAAAGUGUAAAGAUGUACCAGUGUCUAUAAAAAAUGCUUCUGAAAAUUUCAGUGGUUCUUCUGAAAAGUCCAAAUGUGAAACAAUGCAGAGUCUGGUAGCAGAAAGAAGUACUGAAGAUGGUGAUAAUCAAAAAGAGGCUGCUAAUAUUGUUAAUCAAACUUGUUUUAACAAUGUGAAAGAAGAACAAAAGAACAUGGAAUUAGAUAAAGAAGAUUAUAAAGUCAAAGAGAAACUGACAGAGACAAGUGAAGUUGUCCAAGAACAGUCUGUUUCACCAGUGAAAAAUGAAGUUGAUGAAGAAAAAAUGGAUGUUGAUAAAACCUUUGAAAUUUCUGCUGAGAAAGAUGCAUGUAAAAUAGAUGAUGCAUCUGAAAUACCAAAUUUUUCAGAAGCUGAUAGUACACAAACAUUUACAGAAGAAUCAAAAACAGACCUUUCCUGUAAUGUGGAUGCUGAUAAAGUUGAAAAGUCACAUUCCAUUGAUCUUCCACAUGUUCAGGAGAAAGACUUUGGAGAAUAUCAAAGUUCAGAAAAAGGUCAUGCUGAUGAUUCAUGUUUAGAUAAGCAGAUAAUGCAUGAUUUGUUUAUUUCAGACAAACCAAACAACGGUAAUAAAGCCAAGAGGAUAGAAUUAUCAGAGAAUCAAAAGAGAGUUAUGAAAAGCAGUAUCAUGGGUAAACUUAGUUAUCUUACAGUGAGUCAAGAUCUAAAUAUGGACCUUAUAAAUGUUUCUGAAUCACUUAAGGCUACUGUUCGUACAGUUUUUCCUAAAAUAGCCAAGGCUUCUAAACUAGAUGUUUUUUUAGAACGAAGGCUAAAAAUGAAUGAAAUGGAUCUGCCUGAAAAGCAGAAUAUUAAAGAAAACACAAAUACAGAUAAAGCUGCUGUGAAAGAAGAAAAAGAUUCUAAUGCUGUCAGUAUUAAACCAAAACAGCCUGUUAACAAAAUUAACUCUGUGGUACAGGACAAUAUGUUAUAUGUCACAACGAAAAAUGAAACUCUGGAAGAUGCUGAUAAUAAAGUCUUGAAGUUAAAUAAAGAAGAAACUAAAUUGCAUUUGGAGUUAGAUAUUAAAUCAGCUGACAAGAGAUCAUUAAAUAGCCUACCUAAUGGAGAGGUAGGUUUUGAAUCUGACAGUGAGUUGGUUUCAGUUAAAGAGAACGAACUAUCAAAACCAUUAACUACUGUUUGUUACUCUACACUUUGUAGAAGUAAUAGAAAUAAAGAAAAGCCCAGAACAUGCUAUGCACCACUUUGUUCAACUAGGUUACAACAUAAAGUUAAGAUAGUUCCAAAAGUUUCCACCAAUGAGUCCAUAAAAAAUGCAUUUUUUAGUAAAAAUUCUUCCAUAAAUGAAAAAGAAAUUGUAAAAAAAACUGAACCAUCAGUUUUCAAAUCACCAUCUUCUCCACCUCCACUACAACCAAUUGUAUCCAAAUACAUUCCAUUAAUUACAAAUUCUCCCACUAGAAAUGGAAAAAUGAAAAAUUCUGUGAAGUCCACUGUGGUAAAAACCACAACUGUGACGGAAGUUAAAACAGUAGUUGUCACUCAAUCAACAGUAGCAUCAACUACAAGUUUUCCUAUGAAAGAAGUGAAAGAUAAUUUCAAAAACAAUUGUAGCGUUAAAGAAACUGUGACAUAUCGCUCCAGCAGUGAAACUAGCCAGUCAUCCACGAUUUCUACAGAUACUGAUGGUAAAGUAAGUGUUUCAGCAUUAGCUAUGUCACAACAAGCAGCUGAUAAGAAAACUGUGACAGUAAUGAGUGGUGGAGGCAGGAUAAGAACUUCUGCUAGAACUACAACAGAGUCUCGUAGAAUCAGUCAAAAGGCAGGUUUGAAUGCAACUGUUAACAGUGAUGGAACCACUGCAGGAAAAGUAUAUUUGAGCAAAUUAUCAAAAAGUACUAAGAAGACCAGAAAAAUGGUAAAGAGUUCACUUCCAUCAUGCUACAAAUUUAAAACAACAAUUGGGAAAAAGCAUAGUAUUCUGGUGAUUCCAACACAUGAACUAAGAAAACUUAGUAGACACUGUGGCAUGAAAGAAGUUAGUGGUUUUAAUUAUGUAGCAAAAACAAACCAAUACAUUUGGCCUUAUGGUAUUUGCCCUCGCCCCAUAUUCAAAAUCUGUUGGCGAUAUCGUACAAAAACCAUUAGUUCAAUUCAUGCUGCUGCACUACAACUACGUGUUUUAUGGUGUAGUUUACGCUGGGAUGACAUCCAAGCCAAGCCACCACCAGGAGGUGUUAAUACAAUUUCUACAGAGAAUGAGGUAACAACAACAGAACUGUUGAAAUCUCGCAGUGUGGGACUGUUCAACCAGAGAUCAGAAUACUUGGUUCGGAGAAUCAUUGUUCCAAUUGAUCUUCCUUCCAGACCUCGUGAAAAAGCAACCCCUCAGCGUAGUGGUCUCAGGGAACGAAGGAGAGCAGAGUCACCUGUGAACAAAGAACCUUUUCUUCAAGAACUGUGGGUUCCAGAAGAAGAAUUAGAGUUGUGGGAAAUAAAGCAGUUUGGAGAAAAGUUGGAGAAGCAGCAACAACAAGCUAGAGAGAAAAUAGCUCAUCAUCAAGCACAGCAAAGUGCUGACAAGAUUCGAGCACAGAUGGAAGCACAACUUCAGCAGCAACGACAGGCUAUGCAGCAGAAAAGGUUGCUGGACUCAUCUAAACAGACUCCACAGCAGCUGAAAAAUUCAACAUCACAAACUCAACCUAAAAUUGUAACAGCCAAAACCAUCACUGUAGCUCUGACACCUGGUUCUUCAGGAGUAACAACCCUCACACCUCUUUCUUCAUUAAAUUCAUCAGCUGGAAAGGUUCAGGUUAUUACUGCCACCACACCUGGUAAAGCAGGAAUUGCUAGUCUGGUUGCAACUGCAAGCACACCAACUGGACAGCCCUACAAAGGUAUUCGAAGGAUAUUUACAACGCGAGGACCAAGACCUGAUAAACCAGGGGGACAAGUCGUCACAGCUGUAGCUUCAUCUUCAGGUGGGGGUACCACAUUGAAGCUUCCAAUUGGAGCAGCCAUACUUCCCAAAUCUCCUCAGAUCAUAGUACGAGCUUCUACUGCCUCAACCUCCAGUGGAACAGUUUCUGGUUUGGCCACUAAACCAACAGUUCUGGCUGUUGCUGGAGGUGGACAGAUAAAUGCACAGGGUCCCAAGACAGGAAUUAUUCAAACUCAGACAACACAAGGAUCCCCUGUCAGAGCUCAGAUUCACAUCUUUCAAGGUACAAAUGGUCAACUCCAAGUUCGUGGACUUCUGCCUGGUCAGCAGCUAAUUCGUAUGGCCGAUGGACGUCUUCAGUUGCUGACUUUACCAACUGUGCAGACAAGCACAGUUCAGCAAACUGGAUCAAAAACACAGCUGAGUACAAUCCGUCCUUCAGUUGCUUUAACUUCUGCAGUGUCCACUGCUGUAGUAACUGGUUCUACAGGUGUAGUUUGUUCAUCAAGCACUGGCACACCUGUUGCCAUAUCUUUGCCUGGCAUUGGUACAAUUGCAGCAACAGCCACUGCAGCCUCUGGGAGUACAGUUCAGCUUGUGACCCAAGGCCAAACCACACAGGCUAAGGUUCGAGCUACAACAACUGCAACAGGAGCUGUUGCUACUGGUGUAACAACAACUGCUGGAACUGUAACAGUAGCAGGAAUACAGAUGACUCCAAAAGUAGUUCAUAUCCGGCCACAGGUUCAAGCAUCUGGUCAACAACAAACAAUUAUACAGACCCAAUCUCCAGUUCGUCCAGCUGUCCAACCUAGUGUCCAGCAACUUCGCCUUCAAAAUGCCACUGUAAAUAUCCCUGGUAUUGGUACUGUAAUAACUACACCUGUUGUAUCAAGUACAUCACCAAUUGCUGUGGCUUCUGUGAGCAAAAAUAGUUCAACAGAAGCUCAAGUUUUGAGUAUUGCUCCAGGCCAGUUGACCGUGUCUGGAACCACAACAUCCAUUCCUUCAACUGUCUCCAUUCUCAGAACAACAGGUGCAGCAACUAAAUUGCUGACAUCAUCAUCUUCAGUAAAAAUAGACACCAAGAAGCUUAUGACAGCACCAUUACAACUGUCCCUUUCUACAUCAAAAACUUCAACAGCUCCGCAAAUAAGUAUUGGAUCCAAAACACAACCUUCAAUAUCCCCUACAAGUUCUUCAGUAGGUGGUGGUGGCUCACCUCCUUGUUCUCCAAAGCAGUUUGUCUUAACGCCUGCUAUUACUCAACAGAUUGUUCGCCAAGCUUUGUUAAAUCCUCAGACAUCUCCUGAAGUUCAGCAGAAACUUAUAGCUUUACAACGACAUCAUCAACAACAGUUGCAGAAACAACAGAAAGAGGAAGGUGUUGUACCCCAGACAAGCACUGUAGUAACAACCGAUAAGAACAAGGCCAAAAUUAUUCUUUCUCCAGAACAGAAAAUCAGCAGUUUCAGGAUGAAUGUAUGUCAACAAGUGAUGAAAAGCAUUCUCGAUAAAAUUGAAAGGGAAGAGAAAAGUCAGCAGAAGAAGCAGAAACAGAAGGAGUCAGCUGAAGAGAAGAAGAUGAGAAUUAAUACCAAUAAGCUCUACUCUGCGCUUUUCAAACACACAGAGGCCUUACGCAAAGAAAUCAUGAGAAAGAGACAGUUACUGGAAAAAGAAUUAAGGCAACAGGUCAAGUCUGAAGAGGAAUAUGAAUCAAAUCUUGAAAGCAAGGCUGUCUCUCCUACUUCACCACCCAAACCUAAACCUGCUUUACUUACUCAAAAGCCAGUGAAAGAACCAGUUCCAAAACCACCUAAGAAACGAAAGAUGACAUAUUCUACUGAAAGCAAUGAUUACGUGGAUAAUGACAAGUCUGAGCAAAUAAUAUCGGAUGUACCAAAACCCAAAAAAUCCAAAAUCUCUCUAAAAAUUCGUAGUCACAAGUUAUGUCAUCUUUGUCGGAAGCCUAAUGAACCUUCCAGAUUCAUGGCUGCCUGUGAUGUAUGUUGCAACUGGUUCCACGUUGAUUGUGUUGGCCGGACUGAGGAGGGGGUAAAAACUAGAAAGAAGUUUGUGUGUGUUGACUGUGAACGUGGUGAUGAUGAAGAGCUCUAUUGCUUUUGUCAAAAGCCAUAUGAUGAGUCACAGUUUUACAUCUGCUGUGAUAGAUGCCAAAACUGGUACCAUGGUAGAUGUGUAGGAGUAUUGCAGAGUGAGGCAGACACAAUUGAUGAGUAUAUUUGUCCAACUUGUCAAGGUAACACUGACAUCAAUCAGGCCAAUAUGAAACAACUUGAGUCAAAAGAUUAUGAACGCCUUCAAAAGCUAUUUAAAAGUUUACAGAAUCACAAAAAUGCAUGGCCUUUCCGAGAACCAGUGAAUCCUAAAGAUGUUCCAGAUUACUACAAGGUCAUAAAAGAGCCAAUGGACUUGAGGACAAUUGAGAAACGAAUACAAGAGCAUCAAUAUGAAAAGUUAGCAGACUUUAUUGGUGACAUGACCAAAAUAUUUGACAACUGUCGCUACUAUAAUCCACGAAACUCUCCAUUUUACCAUUGUGCUGAAAUACUGGAGUCUUAUUUUGUGCAAAGAAUUAAAGCAUUCAGAGAAAUGAUUAGAUGAUGAGCUAAUUCUUUGGUGUGCUUUAUAUGUUAGUGUGAUGCUACCCUUGUGGUUGAGAACCUUGGAAGAGACCAUCUGUAAAUAAAAUAUAUAAAAAAAAUAUAUAUAUACAUAUACACAUGUAUGUUUGUGUGUGUGUGUGUAUAUAUAUAUUCACACACACACAUAUACAUAUAUAUAUAUAUAUAUAUAUGUGUGUGUGUGUAACUGAAAAAAUUGUAAGUAUCAAACUAAAUAUAACAUAUGCACCAUAAGGAAGAUGCAAGAAUGUCAUUCCAGUAGGAAUAUAAUUUCCUCCUUUUAAAGUAUGCAGAUGAGAUCUUUGGCUCAAAGUUAUGACACAAGUUAGGAAUGUGGAGAUAAAAAAAAACAUUUUGCGCUUUAUGUAACGGGAUGUACAUAUUUGAAAUAAGUUUUUCUGUACAUAUACGUUACAGUAGUCAGUAAGUAUUUUUGACAAAUGGAAAAUUUACUCGUGUUUGUUAGGUUAAGUUUUUUUUUUGUACGAACAAUAAUAAAAGAGAUACUUGUUUGUCUCUUAUUUAGCAAAUGUACCUAUGUCUCAUAUUCUCAUCAGUGCACAAUAUCAAGGUAGGUUUAUUUCAGAAAUGUGGAAAUUGGAACCACCUGCAUACUCAUUACAAUAUUGAUGCAAUUUUUUAACCUUUUCUAUUUUGGUACAAAGUUAACAUUAAUGAAUAUGUAUUUAAUUAGCAUUAUCCCUUUAGUUAUUGUAUCUUUUUGUUUUCAAAUAAGUAAUUUAAAUACAGACAUAUGCGAAACAGUGUCAGGUAUGGCCAGUCUGAAACUCUAUCUAGAAUUCUUAUUUCAUUUUGAUCAUAUUUAAUUGGGAAUAUUUUUAUAAACAAAGAUAAUAAAGCUUAAUUGGUUUAUGUAUUUAAAAAAAUUAAAACCAUUGAAGAUUAGGAUUUUUUAAAUUAAAAUAAUCUCUGUAAAAUCAAUGAAAUGAAAAGGGAUAUGUUUUAAAAGUAACUCAGGUACCACCUUUCUGAAUAAGGCACUAUCACAUGUACAUACUUUUUAAAAUAUUUUAAAACCAAACCCAUCAGCUUUAAGUCUCCUUUAAAGGUUAUUUUAUUAAAAAGUUGUCAGUGAUGAUGUGAUUAGUCACAAAAUACCUUUUCAACAAAAGUAUAAUUUAAAACUUCAAAGGAAUAACAUAAAUAACAUUCUGUUUCAUAAAUAUUUAAUUCCAACUUUGUGAUAAUUGAAAAACUUGUAGAAAACUUGAUGUUUUUCUGAAUAUUUUAGUAACAGGAUACAUUUUCUUAAAAGGGGUUAACUCUUUCUUCAUUGUAAUUAUAUUGCCUCUGUUUUGAGUGAUUUUGGUAAUUCUGAUUAUUUGAUUUGCAUAAUUUUCUGUUUCACAGUGCCAUUAAUUUCAGGUGUGUGAAAAAUAAAAUAAUUAUUAUUGAUUAUAAGUUAAAAUCUAGAUGCUAUUAUUAAGUGUUAGUAGCAUUCAGACAUUUGCAUGUUAUAUCAAAUGGUAUCCCUUCUAAAAAAGAACUAUGAAUGCAAUAAGUUUUGAAUUGUAAGUGACUUUGUCAGUUCUGCUUAUAUAUCAUUAUGUAUUUCAUAGUUAUUUAAUGAUUUGAAAAUUUAAUUUAUCUUGAUGUACAGAAAGGAGAAUUUUACAAAAUGAUGAUGCUACAAAAAUCAUACACAGUUCAUAUUAGAAACUUUUUUUUGUAUUCAAAUGGCAUUAGUGCUCCACGAGUUGUUUUUUUCUAGCAGUUUAAAAUGGAAAGUGUUUAUUCUCUCGCAAGAUUAUCCUGUUAUUCAUUUUUAAAAUUAUAGUUCAGUCUCUUGUAUUCUACAAGAAGUCAGAUGAUAUUUUGUGCAGAAAACCUUUCAUUAUCAGUAUAAUACUGUACUUUGGGUUUCUUUUGGAUUGUGUGUGUUUGAUCAUUUUUUCCAAACUUGCAAGUGGGGGGUUAUAUUGAAGAAAAGCUCCAAGCAAAAAUUAUAUCUUUGAGACAACUCAUGAAUUGAAAGGUGUUAAAGAAAUCAUAAUUGUUCAGUGUUAGCACAAUAUCAUCGGUUAUUCAAGCAUUAGACCUUGUUGCUAAAAUGUGAUAGAUAUUUUGUAUUGAUUCACAAAUAUUUGGAAUAGGCUAUACAAGUUCUUAGUAAUGUUACAUAAUCUUCACACAAACAACCCGUUAUAAUGGUUUCUAUAAAACUAUGUGCUUAUUUUAACAAAAAUGAUAUAAAUAUAGUCUAAAGAAUUUGAAACAGUAUAAUUUUUUAACCCAAACCAAAAAGCUGUCCACGAGUUUUAGAGCAUUAGUUCUUUAGUAUCAGCAAUAUUUGUCUUGGCUGGUAUGUAGGUUUUAUUUGUUAAAAGUUUUUGUACAUCUUUAUGCUGUUCCACGUGUCUAGCAUCAUUCUUCCCUUUUUUUAUGUGAUGUGUUCAUAUUGUAAAUUUGUAUUAACUUCAUUCUAAUUUAACAUUUGUUUACAGUUUUAUUCUUGUCAAUCAAAUAAGUCAUAACAGGGUGAAAAUCUAAUAAUAGUCACUUUUUGUAUGUUUAGUGGCAAGAAUUAAUUCUUCAUUGUAUUUCACACAUUUGUGAUAACACAUUAUAACAUACAGGGAUAAACCAUUUUCAACCUAAAUUUGGGCUUUUUACAUUACAUUUUACAAACACUGUAAGAUAAUAUCUCCCCCCCCCCCCCAAGUUUAAAAAAAAAAGUUCACAUUUUACCGUUAACAUAGAUACAUUUGCAAGGGUUAUUAUUAGUAUCUGAUUUUUGUCUGCCAUCUUAUAAAGUUAGUGAUUAUUAUUUUUUAACUUAAUUAUUUACAUCAGAAGGUUUUGUAUCAUCCAAUUCAGCCAUAAAUAAAUAUUUUCUAAUUUUUGUUCUGUGAAAAACGUUCGGCAAGCUUUCGUUAUACCGCUAAUUUACUAAGUUUACUAGGUGUUCACUUAACGCUCAUACAAAUCAUACAGGGGUUAAUUUCUGUAAGCAAUAAAAUGGAAAUAUAUUUGGUACCACGUUAAGCUGGAGUUCUAAUAAAACUUAUACCUUUGUUUCUACUGUGAAAAAAAAAUCCCAGUUCGUUUUCAAUAAUUCUAAUGAAUUGUUCCCUUACUUCUUUAAUUUGAUAUUUAUAUUUUGUUCUUCUCUUGAUUAUAUAUAUAUAUAUAGUAAUUCGUAACGUUUGCAAAUUGAUUUUUAAGGCUGUAGUUUAUUUAGCAAGAAUAUUUGAAAUUUAUAACUUGAGUCCAGCGAAAUGUCUCUAUACUUGUAUUCAUUUACAUGACAUUUCGAAGCAAUCUUUUGCCAUUAUUUUCCCUAUGUACUACUAAAAAAAGGAAAUCCUAACGUUUGUGAUAAUAGUAUGCAGAAAACAUAAUUUGAAGCAAAAUGACAGAGAUCGCUUAUUUUUGUAAAAAGAAACAUUAACGUAAUUGUCUGGGAUGUCAAAUUUGAACAUCUAAAUAAGGUUUUAGAUAGCUGUGUUCAGAAGUUGACAAUGUAUUCCAGUAUAUUUCACGUAAUGUUUAUUUAUUGAAACUGUGUUUAAUUUACUUCACUGAAAUUAAAGAAUGUACUCUCCUCUGUCUUCUCAUGUGUAUAUAUAUACAUCUAUCCAUGUCGUAAGACUAGUUUUGGCUAGAAUGUUUCUUUGAUGUCGAUGCCAACUUUCUAGGACUCUGUAUAUCGUCGUUUGUAUCUUUAAUAAAUUAUCAUAAAGUCGGAUAA